GGCCCCACAGAGCAUAUAGGUUUCCAGGACUAAAGCCCCUCCAGUUGUACAACCUGUACCCCCUGUGACUGCCGCCCAGCUUCUCUACCCAUAACCCUCGUUGCCAGCUUUCACCCUGCUGUGCAUGUUACUAGGCAGUGUGGCAGCUUUGCCCAAAUGAAUUGGAUGCAUGGCUUCCAUUUAUUACCCCACUGUCCUUACAUAAAACAUACAAGCCCACACCAAGGGCUGUAAUUUAAUUGCUUUUCCCAGUUCCCACACCGCCCGCUUUGUAUUGGGUGACAGUGAGACGCAGACUAUCCCUUUCAUUACAAUUGCACAGUACCCGAUUGCCCCAGCAGGGGGAGCCCUGUGCCCAUCUAUUUCCCGUACUGCAGGCAGGUUGUAGUACUCUAAUUCUGCGCCCUGUUUCCGAGCCCCUCGCCCAAUACCCACCCUGCCAGCUCCUGCCAAAGGGCACAGGUACCCGGCUGUUGCCUGACAGAGCCCAUUCCAUGCCCAGAUUUGCCCACAGGCUGUAGUACCGGGCUCAGAGGCUGCCCGACAUCCCACAGAUGCUGCUGCUGCCGCUGAUCGUUCCCAUGCUGCUGGGCGGCUGCUCCUGGGCUGCUGUGCUGCCUGCGCCUCACCCUGACCCGGCCUCUCAUGGUACCGACAUACCGGACAGCCAGUAGAGCAGUAACGGAAGAGCAGGGACUGCAGAGGCGUCGGUAACUGUACAGACAGAAGGCAGCGAGGAAGAGCAGACUGGACAGAGGGAGGGGUGCCAAGCUGACAGUGAGUGCCACCUUGGCAUGAGAUGUAUCUCUGGGAACUGCACUGAAGGGGUAAAUGUGACUGGCACUGGGGCGGAAUGUGAUCCAAGCAAUGACCAGUGUGCGCCUGAGUUCUGCUGCUCCAAAACUGAAUCAGGGAUGUUACCGUUGUGCGCUCCUUUCCCAGCAGAAGGAGAGCGGUGCAAGAUCCAGCCAAUUAGCCUUUGGAAUCUGUUACAAAUGGAUUCAGCUACAGGGUCGGAUCCCGGCUACUGCCCCUGCGCAUCAGGACUUGUGUGCACCAACAAAGGCUUUAAUCUCAUUUAUACCUGCGAGAAGCCAGAUGGAGUCCUGGAUUUCACCACGUAUGGAGGGGAAUCUCUCCUGCAGCCUUUGGUACGCAGAGAUGAGGAGCUGACAUAUUAUGACUCUGAUCUUAUACCUUGGCCCUCGCAGCCAGACCAGUUCAUCGACCUACCAAGAGCUGCAGAAGAAAGUGCAAGGGAGUCAAAGAAUGUCUUUAAAGUAUUGCACGCGGGAGCAGCUAGUGAUGUAGAGGAGGAGAGCUUGCUAUUAGAUGAACAUGCAGAUGAACAGCCCGACCCAGGUCAGCUGGAAUUCCAGGAGCUGAAGCAACUCGCCAGACAAAUUGGACAAUAUUUUGGUCCUGACUUUUAUUGAUGUCUCCUCUGAAUUGAGACUUACUGUAUACAGAAUAUUUAUUUACUGUAUUUAUUGCAUUAUUAUAUUUAUUAUAUUCAUAAUAAAAUGGUUUUCCUGCCUA